AUGGAUAACAUUGGGUAUAAAUACUAUAAGAAUAUAAGUCGUAACAAAAAAAUUUACUUAGUAUGUGAAAAUCAAAAGAAUAAUGCUGAAUUCUGCCCAUCGACAGUAAUAGUCAGUGUGGAUAUAAAUGAGAAUUGGUUAAGAUCAAAUAUAAGACACAACCAUUUUCCACCUAUUGUGGACAUUCCAGUGGCCCAUUUGAGGAGGAGUAUUGGCAUUGCAGGCACAACUACUGGAAGACAGUCAAACUCAAUCAGACAUAUCUAUAAUAAUGAAAUAGUUGAAAACCCUGAUAGAGCAAAAAAUUACACAUUUUUACAAUGCCAAUCAAGGGUACGGAGAAUGCGACAAUGUCGUCGUCCACAAAGUGUCGAUACAAUUGAAGAACUCUCGAACAUUCUGAGUCUGGAACAAAAUAAAUCUUACUCAUCAACCUUGCAGCGUCCACCAUCAAGAUUUUUCCAAGAAACAUUUGAAGUUGUUGGCGUAAUUUUUUUCAAUUUAGACGCCAUUCAAAAAUAUCAGCAUGAACUUUUAUCCGUCAACAUUGCAGGAGUGGACGGAACGUUUAAAACAGGGCCUAAACGUCCUCCUCAAUUUAACAAAGGCUGCCUUCUGACAUUUCAUGUACUAUUUAAAAAUGUAGUAUAUGCAUUAACAUCGAAAAUGACCGAUGCAGCAUAUAAGUCAUUUUUUAGAGUAGUUAGAAGAGUACUACCAUUAAAUUAUGCACAAAUCACUAUUAUUACGGAUUAUGAAAGAGCUUUAAUGACCGCCGUAAAAAGUGUUUUUCUUGAAAGUAAACUUCGUGGUUGCUGGUUCCACUUCUGCCAAUCCGUUAUCCGAUACUGCCGAAGGAGUUUAAAUAGUGUAUUCCACUUAUUCCAAAAUAACCCUGAAGCUAAUAGAGUUCUGCGUAUGGUUUUAGCAUUGCCACAUCUUCCUGCAGAAAUGAAUAUUACUACUGUUUUUGGAUCAGACAUUCGAACCAACAACUAUUUGGAAUCGUUUCAUAGAACCUUACUAAGCCAAAUAGGAAGACACCCCAAUAUUUGGGAUUAUUUACUAAGACUAUUGUUGAUUGAAAACCAGUACUACGUAGAAAUGGACCAAGCUCGGAGAAAUCAUUCAAUACGAAAUAGUGUAACUCGAGUUAAUCGAGCUGAUGCUACAUAUCGAAUUAAGAACUAUAUUCAAAUAUUAGAUGAGGACAAUGAUAUUUUAAUGUUCUUAAGAAGAGCCGGCCAUACCAUGGAUGGAUACAAUCAAGGGCAAGUUGGACCUCGUCCAUUGGUGUGUUAUCAUUUACAAAAUAUCCAUGUACCUAAGUUUUAUUAA